UGUCCAUCAAGGUUACAUGUAAACAACGUUCAUAUAAGCCAUUUUUAAAAUAACAAAACUGACAAUAAAUGUCUCGAAAAGUGUAAUUUUAAUUUAUACAGGGGUAGAUUUGGCCGGGCCAAUAUAACUAUUACCACCCCUAUUGCAUCGCUGGUCAUGUGACCGAUCUCCAGCCAAUCGGAUUGCUUCGUUCGUAAAAUCCACUGACAGGCGCCCCUAUAGUUACAUACAUACAUCAAACGUCACUUGUAUCCCAGUGGUGAAAAUCUAUACAGUGUAAAGGGUCUGUGAAUUGUCUGUUUGUAUUUUUAGGGAUUUUUUUUUGAAAAAAUCCCUCUUGUAAGCACCAAAUAGGUCCACAAGCAGCGGAUGUCUACUGGAACCCAGACGUCCAGUGGCGGCGGCUACGCGUCCCUCGAACCGCAGCGCGGGGCGGCGGACAACAUUUACCGCCCCACGACGGUAUCGGGAGAAGCGACGACGCAAGCCACUGGACUCUUUGAUGGGGUGAAGAGAGCGCUGGGACUUGGAGGCAGAGAAGAUAGGAACCAGGUGGGUGGAAGGGUAACGGCUGGAUCUUCUGAAACAAUAAGGACUCAAGUCGUAAAUCCGACAGCGAACAAGAAAAUGCCUAGUUCCGGUAUAGCCGAAGAAGCCGCUCUACUUGGCACUAUGCCUUCCGACUCAAUGGACGACAUAGAACUGAAGAACAUUAAGCUUCAGUUCCCACAUACUAGGUCUAUGUCAAGAGAAGAUUCUAAUGCUCAGGAGGAGAUAGUGGAAACUGAUAGAGGAAAUAUUGUUGUAGCAGUGCAAGGGAAUAGGAAUAAGCCUGCUAUUUUGACUUACCAUGAUCUUGGGUUAAAUUAUGUUUCAAACUUUCAAGCAUUUUUCAACUAUAUUGACAUGAGAGCUCUGAUGGAAAAUUUCUGCGUUUAUCAUGUAAAUGCACCUGGACAGCAGGAAGGAGCUCCGUCUUUACCUGAAGACUAUAUUUACCCAACAAUGGAUGAAUUGGCUGACCAGUUAGUUCACGUGGUCAGUCAUUUUAAUUUGAAACAGUUUAUUGGCUUUGGAGUUGGCGCUGGUGCUAAUAUUCUAUGUCGAUACGCCCUUAAUCAUCCUGAAAUGGUUUCUGCCCUUUGUUUAAUCAACUGCGUUAGCACACAACCAGGUUGGAUCGAAUGGGGAUAUCAGAAGCUGAAUGCCAGACAUCUUAAAUCGAAGGGCAUGACUCAAAGUGUAUUGGAUUAUUUGAUGUGGCACCAUUUCGGAAGGAAUACUGAAGAGCGCAACCACGACUUAGUCCAAGUUUACAAGUCGUACUUCGAAAGAAACGUAAACACCACAAACUUGGCCUUAUUUAUUGACAGCUACGUUAAAAGAACGGACCUAAACAUCCACAGAGAUCCCGAUCCAACAAGGAAAAACGCAUCUACCCUGAGAGUUCCAGUAAUUAAUAUUACUGGAGCUCAUAGUCCGCAUGCUGAUGAUACUGUGACAUUUAAUGGACGUUUGGACCCAACUAAUUCAUCUUGGAUGAAGAUUUCUGAUUGUGGUAUGGUGUUGGAAGAACAACCAGGCAAAGUUAGCGAAGCCUUUAGGCUGUUCCUACAAGGGGAAGGAUAUGCUAUUCAUGUGAGGCGAAGGUCUAGCUGUAUGAGUGUCGUUCCAACUAUUUCAGUGGCUCCGCUUUCGCCAGUAAAAAUGGCUAUGUUUCGGAAACAAUCAAUCGAGGAACUCUUCAAGGCCAGAAUCCAAAGUUCAGGCCAAUGUUUAGGUGGGAAUAUAAUUAAUAUCACCGAGAACCCCAUUUCUGCUGUAGUUUGUUAAAUAACAUCGUUGUUAGACAUCUACAGAAGCUACUAAAUGAAUUUUUGCGUAGAUUUUUGCAUAUAUUUUAUUGGUUUUUAUUUUAUUUUAACUAAGCUAAAGUUUUGUAGCACCUACUGUCAAAACUACAAAGCUAUAAAACUAGACUAAGCAUCUUAAAGAAAUAAAUACUUCAAGCUGUAUUGGAAUAUGUGUGAUCCAAAGAAACUUUAGGGUAUUAGGUAAGAUAAGAAAGAAGUAAUCUCAAAAUCAAAUAAAUGUUAAAACGUAAUUGGCAUGGACAAUAAGGCAAUGACUUUAUUUUCGAAUAUGGAAUUUCAAUACAUGAUUUUUUGUCAAAAUAUUACCCACUGCCUAAUAAUUAUUGACAUAUUAAUAGUGCACAUAUCCACACAUUGUUUUUAAGCCAUAGAUUGGUUGCAAGAAAGGUAUUGAACAGGAUGCUCAUGCUAUUUUAUUAUACAAUUUUUUGUAUUUGGAUUAUACAAUUUGUUAACAUUAUGUUCUUAUUAUCAAAAAAGUGUCAGCGGCAACAAUAACAAAAACAUAUUCAUUUGCGAAAAUAGUAACUAGGUUACGUCGUCGGUGCAAUGCCACACCCACGAAUGUGCAAAAUGAGCGUUAGCAGAUUAUCUCACUUUUAAACUUUCAAUUAGUUCUUAAAAAUCAGGCUUUAAUGCGACAUCUUUUUUGUACUUUUAUUAAGAGAUGUUAGAGUUCAUAAAAAUAUCAUAGUUUUUUUAAAAAAAGUUACAUUCGUGAUUUUGGCAUUGUAGUUUUUUUAAUAAAAUGCAUAUACGUGAAAUGAUAUCAACCUUUAUUAUGGUAAAAGUGGAACAAAAAGAACAUUCAAAUAUUGAAACUAGACAAAGAAAUAAUAAUGUAGUAAAACACUUAAAUCAUAUUUUAGAAUAAUUUAGUUUUCAUCUGAAUCUUCGCUUUCGUUUGGCUCCGGUAAAUUGUCUCUUAUAUUUUUAUCAGCAUUUAUGGAAUUAUAAAAGUUAUGAUAGUUCUUUGGAAUGGUUAAGUCAUUGCACAUUUUCUGAAGAUCUUUAUGUUUGGCAAUCGCAAUUGGCAACUGCUUAUCAUAAGCUUUCUUCAAGUCAACGUUUUUGGGUCGUCCACGGCUUUUCAUGCUGUCUACUUGAUUAAAUUCAUCUCCAAAAUUUUUUUUAUAGGUCAUUGUCACCACGUUAUCGGUACUAAUGUAUCUUAACCAACAAACUUGUUGCCAAUGCUUGGGAAUUUGGUUCAAUUUAUAAUUUUAAAUUCCAAAAGACUUGAAAUUAAAGACGUCAUCAAACAUCAUAAAUCUGACUUCAAAAGGCUGUGGGUGUGUUCGAGCACUUCUUAUUAUCUGAGCCCAACCUUCGGGUGAAUAAACAGGAGCAUAUUUUGAUUUUUGUUCGAUUUUCGAGUGGAGUGAAUCACAUUCCAUCUCGGUAUGUCCUGUUUCAAAAAACUUGUGAUCAAUAGUCUUUAAAUUGGUGUGCUCCGUAAGAAGUUUCAAGCACAUAGCAGCAAAAUGUGAAUUUUUUUGUUGGACGCCACAUCCUUCCGACAUCAUUCGAACUUUAGUAAUAUUUUGUUGAUUGAUUAUGUAAUUAUAAAUACACGAGGAUAUCUCGUUUGACCCCCUUUUUCCUUGGGUUUCAUCCCAAAGGUAACAUAUUCCGUCCUGAUUUCCUAAAUUGUAGACAGUCAGGUUGAAAACCGCCAAUUUUCGUAGGUAAAAUAUUUGUCCUGUUGGACCUUUUGUAGUCGUUAGCAUUACCUCAAGGUCAAAGUUGAAUGAUAGUACCUCUGAAUUAUUUUUUGCAAUUUCUUUGUCUUCGUCUCGAGCCUCACGAGCUAAUUUUUUUCUUAGCGUGUGUUCGCGAUGAACCUCUUCAUGUGCCUUUUUUUCCUCCUCUGUCAUAUUCGUAUAUUUUAAGCACUUUUUACACUGGUCCUUUUUGGGUUUAUGAAACCCCAAGUUAUAAUUUCUAAACAGUCGUCAAUAUUUUUCGAAAGAAACUGGAUGGACAUUUAAUUCUGAGCACUUUGAUUUGUACAAUUUGUGCAUAAUAGAGACGUUUAGUGAAGAAUCCAAAUACCUUUUUGUACUAAAGGCUCUACAAUAAUGGGACUCCACGGCUGGAAAUGAAAGAAUGUGCUUACGAAUCAGCAGUUUAUCAUCAUGUUUUAAUUUAUUGUGUAGGACAGGUUUUCCACGAUUUUCUUUUUCAAAUAUGCCGCUGAAAGAAAGCCUUGCCACAGCUCCGCGCAUAAAUGCAUCUGCAACAUUGAGUGUAGCCAUAAAAAAGGCCCGGCAUACUUGUCUUUUUUCCCCAUUGACGGUAAAAGAGUAAUUCAUGGUAAACGUUCUUCUUGAAUUUUCAAUGUUUCUAGUCACUCUCUUUUUCUUUUGUUUAUCAAUAUGACUAUUUAAGAAAAUUCGCUGAUCAUCACUGAAAUUAUUUGACGGAAUUCAUUGCAAAUUUUGAGUCGGUUUUCUUCAUUGAUAAAAGUAUAACAUUGGUGGUUUGCUUUACCAAAACAUGGGAAUGGUAACAUGGGACAUGCUGGUCUCUCUUUAUUUCUAGAACAGACAUAAGCCUCUCCUUUUAAUCUUUUUUGUUUCCUUAUGUUUUUCUUCUUCCUCUUAGGGCACUCACCUUAUAAAAAAGAAAAAUAGCCUCAGAAUAUUUGUAUGUUUGCGUCACACCAUUCUUAAUAACUUACUUAAUUUAUUUUCUUUAAUUUCAUUUUGAUCCUCUGAUUCGGAUGUAUCGCUAGAGCUCGAACAAGAAGAGCAGGAGGAACUGCUAGAAGUUAAUUCCUCUUCGGAAUUAUAGUUAUCUGAUGAAGAGUCUUAAAGGUUACUCGAAGCUAGUUCACUAUCCAACGUGGGUUCCCUACUGGAGGUGCCCGAAAUAUCUACUAAAGAUUAUGCUAAAACAAAUUUCUUUGUUGUAUUUAUCAGUAAUGUAAAAUUUUAUGAUAAAAAAGCAGUACCUUCAAGAUGGUUCUCUGAAACCGUUGGACGCAAUAUUCUUUAAUUAUUUGGUAUAGAAGCAAAAACGUUUGAUGUUCCGGGUCCAUUUUUUUGUUUCGUGUCGUAUUCGUCAUUACUUUUCUUUGGAAUCUAACAGAAAAAAACCUACAUUAGUAAAACAAAUCUGGAAUUUCAAAUACUAAAAAAAAUAUCAAACUUUAUAUUUAAACUAGUUGCCAAAGGGACAUCUAGAGUGCAGUAUAUUUUUUUCGAAAAAUUUUGCAGAAAAAUUUUAGUUUUUGCGUUUACUGCAUUUUUUUUUUAAUAAUAAUAAAUAAUAAAAAUGCUGAUUUCUAUCACUAAAAUGUUAUUUCCAUAAUGGCAUAUUAACAUCUAAGUACCUACCGCCUGUUCAUCUUCUUCUGGUGAAUCCAGACGUGGCUGUCUCAAGUUUUUAAAUAUUUUAGCUGUGUGGGCGUUCAUUUUUACACACAAAACUGGUAAAUGUUUAGUAGAAACGAGACAACGAAUGUAAAACAAAUGCAAAAUUGACACCGCCACAAACACGAAUUGUAUAUUCGCGAUGCACGCGUUGCAAGUGUGCGAUACAGACUCACUUUCGUGAAAGCGCGCAUCUCCUCCCCACCAUCUCCUAGCCUUGAAUCACAUUCGUGGUUGUGCCAGAAUAAAGGAAUGACUGGGAUAUUAUUAGUGGUGUACUUAGGUGAAAAACAAAAAUUUUGCUCAUUCGUGGGUGUGGAAUUGCACCGACGACGUAGGGAUUUUCAUGAAAACCAAUUAAUUAACUGAAAUAGGGGAUAAUCAAAAACAAUCAUACAAGUUUGUGAUACUAAAAUAUAUAUAUUAUUUAUAAUUUUUUCCGUGAUAAAAGGAUUUUUUCUAAAUUAUCCUUUAACGCUCAAUUUUCACUUUCAGCAUUAUCUUUGUAGAAAUUAUAGUCGGAAAAAUCGGAAAAUAGCAGACAAAAAGAAAACUUAGAAUAUAUACUCAAGCUUUAAAGAUAUAUUCAGUUUAUGCACAUUUCCACUUUUAAACGUUUAAAAUGUUAAUAUGAAAAAACUAUAAUGGAGUUUUUAAUCGACUUGACAACUUUUCGUAAAGUGUAACUUAAUAUAAAUAUAAUUUUAAUCACAAAAAUAAAAAUAUAAUUAUUUCUUACUUAUGAUUAUAAAACUUUAUAAUACAAAGUGUUUAAAUUUUAAAUAAGAAAAUAUUUAUUUUUGUGCAUAAUUUAAUUGUACAUGGAAACGAUUUCCUUAUCCGAUUAACUAUUGUUAAUUCGUAUUAACAGUUUCUGUCAUUACCUUUUUAAUAUAUGUUGGUAUUUUAUAAUAUGGUAAUUAAAAUAUAUUUUUAUUUAUAAUAAUAUGUUAAGUGAUGUUUUGCCGUAUUUGGUUAGUUAUCUCUGUAAUUUCCAUAAUUUGAGAACUAUUUUAUACUUUGGAUGGAUUCUUCUUAUUGAUCUGAUGUAACGUUUUAGUGUGAUCAAUAAUAAAUGAAAUUUGGAUUACUUUGACUUUAACACUUGACUUAUAAAACGUUAUAUAAAAUUAUAAUUUUUUUUCUAAAAUUAAAAUUUUUUAAAUUUCUGGCAUUAGGUACAAUAUAUAUCUGACCCGUAUAUACAGUGGUCGUCUACGUUUUACUCUGAAAGAUCCUGUAAAUAUUGUUAUAUGUUAAAUAAUUUUAUAAGUUUAAUUCAUAUUCAUGCUUCGUUUUUUUUUAAUUAAAAACUUUUUUAGGAGGAUUAUGGUGCAUAAUUGAUAUAAAAUUAAAAAUUUAAUAUAAAUACAGCCUAUAUAAAGUUCAAUUUUUUUAUUAUUAUUUUUAGAGCAAUUUAUAUUUUUACUAAUUCACCACGUUAAAAUCAAAACUUAAUAAUUAUCAUUGUGUAUUAAUUUGAUUUUCUUACUAGCAUUUUGAAGUUUUAUCUGAGGCUCAAAAGUAACUUUAUUCACAAAUUUUCAGAAUUGACUUACUUUUUUAUUUGUAAAGGCAAAAUUAUUAACAUACCUUAAGUGUGUAAAGUGUUUUGGUGACUAUUGGUAUAAUAUGUAAUUUCUGUAAACAUAGAAUGUCAUAAUAGUUCAGUCCAGUACCGAAACGAAUGCUUGGAAUAAACAAAACAACUAACUUUAACAAAUUGUAUAACAACCUUUCUUGCACCUUGCAUCUUAUUUACCACUAUCCAGCCUUAUAAAAUUUUUAAUAAAAUUCAAGACUCAUUUUAUCAAAUAGGAUUUUAUUUAACAAAACUAAAUUAUGAAAAAUAAGCACAGGAUACAACGUUAAACACUAUCAUAAUCUAAACGAUUAGCAAUAGAUAUAACAUAUUUUUAGUACUUUAAGCUAGGCAGCCUAUACAAUUAUUGUUACGAAAUAAUUUAUAAAAUUAGGCAUGCUUAUAGAAAAGACCAUUAUUAUAUUUAAUUUAUAUGUAUGACAGGGUGUUCUUAUUAAAUAUAAGAGCAAUAUAAGCAUAAGUUAAGGAAUAUAUUGUUAUAUUUUAUGAACUUAGUAUAUAAGAUUUUUGGCUUAAAUAUGUCUUUAUAUUUAUUAUUGGCCUAAGAUUUUUAAUGGUUUAUAUACUAACCAUAGCAAAUACAAUCUUUUCUAAAAAUUACUUUAAAUACUGUUUUUUAACUUAUAUAAAAAUUUUGCCCUAUAAAACUAUUCCCUUGACACCCUGUAUAGCAUCUAGGCUUUAAUCGCCCAUCUGCUUAAAAAGCUAUUAUAAGAUAGUCAUAUAAUAUAGUAUUACUAUACUAUUAUCAAAUAAUAACGGAAUGAUUUGUAGUAUGUUCAUUAAUUGUUAUAAAUUUAGAACAUGGAUUUGAUACCAUUGCAGAAAUAUAUUUUGCUUAAAACGUAUUAAACUUUGGUCACCCCUUUUACAGUGCUUUAUGUAAGAAUAUACACAUAAAUCCACAAUUUUUAUUUUACUUUAUAAAUUAAGUUAUUUGCUUAUUUUAUUCUAGUUUAGUUUUUAACUAAAUAUAUAGUGAUCGAGCUUACUUUGUACCUCUGUUAAGUGUCUUUUUUAAGUGCAAAACUAUUUUAAAUGUGAUGAAAUAUUUAAUGAAAUAAGAUGAUAUAAAAAAUGCGCAUCGUGCCUCACUUUUAUUAUAUUAUUUAAGUUAAGCACUUGAUUAUAAUUUUAAUAAAAUUGUUUGAAAAAUGUU